AUGCCGCUUAUGCUGGUGCCCUACAACGAUGCCAUGCGUUUUGGCAUGGGAUAUAACUCCUACACCCAGACCAUGUGCAUCGAUGACGCGGUUGAAGUGUCAGAAGGGAACACAGUUGUUUCCGAGAACACUCCGCAGAAGGUUACCUACUCGGUCAAGGCUAUCGCACGGGCCUCUGAUUUGCUAGAUGAGAUGAAUAUAUCGAGAGCUGCUACCAUUCAAAACAGCAUGGUCGAAGUCCACGGCACCUCGAACGCCUUGGACGUUGCUGAGAUCGAAGACGCUGAUAUCACCUUGAUGAUAUCAGUGAAAGUUAUAAGCCAGACAACUAGUCUGGGAGCCUCCGCGCCGUUCAAACCAAUCCACAGUCUCCUCCCUGGUUCUACCGGCUUUACCGAGGCAUUUGGGGACUCUUAUAUAUCGGGCUUCAUCCGAGGUGGCUUUUUGACCAUCAUCAUUCCGUUCUCCUGCUCCAGCCUAAGGAACAAAGAACAGUUGAUCCGACGUGUCAAGCAGGCCUCAUCUAGUCAUAGUGCCGAGUUAGCUAAGAUGGCCAGAGAUCUCACCGACAUAUUGUCCUUGGACAGCGUUAAGGCUGUAAGACCUAUCAUUAUGACAGGUGGUGGCCAGAUCGAUGUUGGAAAGGAGCCCUGUAAUAUAAACUACGCCUUGGGAAAGGCCAUGGAUUUCCCUGGCCAUGUCCGCCAAAACCCGCAGAGAACAUGCUACGUGCAAUACAAGUGCCUGUCCAGGGAGGUUCAGCAUAUCAUUUCUCACCGAGAUCAGUAUGUCCAAGUCGACAAGCCUAGGGCUAUCCCGCUCGACGUCGACACUCUCCAGGCCGUUGAAGACGCGCUGGCUAGUGAGAUGAACAAGAUAGUUGAAGUGGUGAACACCUUGGCACGUCAACCAGAACUUCUGCCGAAGAAAAGCUACCUCGAUUGGAAUGCCAACGACAAACUCGUGCAAAGCAUCAUCAACGAAGCCAUUCACCUAAAGGUAUCAGAGGAAGAAUCCCCGACACGAGACCAUGGUUCCCUGAACCGUUACUCUCCCAGCGAGACAAGUGGUGGCUUCGAGGAGAUUUAUACCCCUCAGACUUCAGAUGUGGACUCAGCUAGUCUCAUUAGGAGGCCUGCCAGGUUUUUGAACAAAUCAGAGCCUGUCAACGAUCUGAAGCUGCACAUGCUGAUCCCUCCUGGAGUUUGGGCUGAGUUGCUACCGAAGAGAACUGAAACUACCGCCAGCGACAUUGAAAAGAGCACCAAGGCUGAAACUGCGAUCAAGAAAAAGGUUAAAAGGUUUCAAAAACUGCAGAUUAUGGCUGCUGUUUGUGGAACUUACGAUAUUGCAUUGAAAUUGCAGCAAAAGGUGUUCUCUGGCCCAAAGAGUGAUAACUUGUUUUAUUUGGACACCGAAGUCAAAGAGCUCGAAACCGUAUUUUCAGGUGGAUACUUAACCCUCAGGAGAACUUGGAACCUUUCAGUUAUCUACAAGUACACCGACGGACCUAUAAGAGUUUGUUUUCUUGGUCAUGACACCUGUUCAGCUGAGCAGCCAGAGCUAUUUGAGAUCACCAAAAAGUCGCAACACCAAAGAGUCAAAGGUGUUUCUUGCUCCAUGCGUGAAUUCCGGCUAUUCUGUGUGAUAUAUGGAGGAAGGAUCUAUCACACGCCAUGUGAACUCGAGCGAUUCAUUGAGAAUGCCGAUCGCGGUAUUUCAGGGCUCUGGCCUUGCAUUCGGUUCAAUGGGGAGACUCUUGGAGAUGAUUAUCGGCACACGAAUGACGCAACCGGUGUCGUAUUCUAUGAAUACCUAAACGCGCCAGGAAUUCAGAGCGCUGUUACCUUGGGUAACAAGGGUUGCCUUUUGAAGAAUCAGCGACAACUUGCUGAUCUCGCUGAAGAGACUGGAAAUGAAGGCAUCGAACAUGGCAACAACGAAAUCGAACGGCAUACAGUCCAUUUGCAAAAAGAAACAUCGGUACCAAGUGAGUCAAGUCGAGUUCCUCUCUUUACGCUGUAA